AUGGAUGCUUUAACUCAGUAUAAGACGUCCAUUCAAAGUAGAUUGGAUAGUGCAGAUAUCUUAGUAUCCAAAUUGAUACAUGAGAACCGAAUGCUAUCCCAGGAGCUUGAGAACAAAGACGAAGAGAUGGACUCUUUGAAACGGCAAUUGGAACUGGCCCGAAAACGCAACGAGGAAUUCGAUAAGAAAUGCAGUACAGCGGAGGAAGAAUUGGACAUCAUCAGAGACCUAUUCGAACACUUGUGCGGUGUUAGAGUUCACAAAUCGUACGAAGACGACUCGGGCCUGUGGUUUGAUACGUCUCAGGGCGGGAAGUUUGGCGUAAUGGACUAUAAACUUGGGUUUGUGAAAGCGGAGGGUGACGCAGGUGGCACCGAGGUGGUGUAUGUGCCGUUGUUAAAGCAGAGAAGCGCGGAAGAAUUGCGGGUUCUGCAGAAACAAAUGCCUGGGUAUCUGUUUGACACGCUGAGUUUCCCCCUACGGUCUCUAAGUCAGUUCUACAACAAACUGAAUAGGUGUCUCAGCAAAAACGAAAAGCAAACCGAGUGA